AUUAAAUCACUCCAAGACUCGCUCCAAGAUAUCUCAUUGCAUUGUGAAGAUGAGUAAAGAAGAAGAUUUCGCUUGUGACAAAUUCCUACCACAAAGGUGGCGUAAAGAUAUCUGUAGGACAUGUUACCAGCCUCUUAGACUCCACGAGAAGAAAACAGCCAAGGCCACCGGUAGUGAAGACAAGAAGGCAACAACUCCCAUAUCUACGGCCACGAGCUCCCCUGCUACUCCCUCUGCCCCAACUAAACAACCACUGGCUCGACCAUCAGGCACUCCUCAGCGUACUCAACCCUCUAGGGCUCCACCAGCCCCGCCAAAAAGAACCUCUAGCAUUAAGAACAUAGUAACGAAUCCUUCUAAACCUCUGGCCACUAAUCCUAAUGAUAGUAAAGAUGAUACCUCCGUUGUUCAUUCUGCCAGUGAUACUGUAGUCUCAAGCCAUCAUACUGAGGGGUCUGCAAUGAAACAAAAAAGUGUACAAGAUCCCAAAGACUCGGAUCAUACAAUAAAACCCACUACACCAGUAACGACUGAUGACUCAAGUAUAGGAUCAAUUGCUACUAAGGUACCAGUAGUAGCAGUAUCAGAGACUAGCGUAUCUAAAGAGAAACAAAGACCAAAGCAACCUCCUCCUCCACCUAAGAGAACCUCAAGUAUUAAGAAAAUUGAAAUGCCUCCUUCAGAUAGUGUUAGUACUGCUACUGCUGCUACUAUCAGUGAAGAACCACAUCAAUCAGUUGACGCGUUACAAGCUGAACAAAUUACCAAUCAACAACCCAUAACUGGAGGAAGUGUCGUGGAAAAACAUCAACUUGAGGUAGUAGAGGAACAACCCCAGCAACCAGAGGAACAACCCCAGCAACCAGAGGAACAACCCCAGCAACCAGAGGAACAACCCCAGCAACCAGAGGAACAACCCCAGCAACUAGAGGAACAACCCCAGCAACCAGAGGAACAACCCCAGCAACCAGAGGAACAACCCCAGCAACCAGAGGAACAACCCCAGCAACCAGAGGAACAACCCCAGCAACCAGAGGAACAACCCCAGCAACUAGAGGAACAACCCCAGCAACCAGAGGAACAACCCCAACAACUAGAGGAACAACCCCAGCAACUAGAGGAACAACCCCAGCAACUAGAGGAACAACCCCAGCAACUAGAGGAACAACCCCAGCAACUAGAGGAACAACCCCAGCAACCAGAGGAACAAACCUCUCAAGUCCCUCCCAUUCAAGAUUCUGAUGAACAGCCUCUCCCGGACAAUCCAUCCCCUCAAGAAGAACCAAAUGAAGUCCUUCAAACUGAGACAGAGGAAGAUACACUCACUGAAGACCAACCACCUCCUCAGAUUAUAGAGGAACACUCAGAGAAUGAAGAAGCACAUGACGAGAAUCCAUCAGUACCUUCACAACCUGUACCAGCUGGUGUUCCCCCUCCUCCUCCUCCACCUCCUCCACCCCCUCCUCCUCCUAGUGCUCCGUUAGCACACUCUAUUCCCAAUGUGAGGGUAAUAUCAAUCCCACCAGUACGACAACCAGGACAUCCUCCUCCUCCUCUUGCAGCUCGUCCCUCUCCUCCCCCAGCAGCUGCUGCACAAGACGAGUCAGAGACUAGUACUGUUAGUCUAUCGAAUGCAGACAUGUCUGUUCGUCAGAUAGCAAUGGAGCAGAUUCGUUCAGGAGUACAGCUGAGGCCAGUGAGUCCUCCAGUUGAGAGAGCUCCGACUGAAGAAAAAGUUGUUGAUGUGGCCAGUGAAUUGAGACAAAUGAUUCAGAAGAAGAACAAAAAAGAAUCGCAGUCAAUGGCUCCUAAGAUUGAAGAGCAAAAAGGAAGAGCUAAAAGUUUAGCUGAUCAGCUUUACAGGCUUCAGAGGUCUCCAUCUUACUUACACGCACUCGUUAGCCUCCUUGAAUCAAUAAGAGAGUUUCAACAAACUUGUGGAAUACCAGUUGAAAUGCUUGUACAAAAGCUAGACUGGCCAGUAAGAGCCAUUGAUUCUCUUCAAGAGGUUGUUGAGCUGAUCAAAAGGUUGGAAAAUCACGUAGUUGAUGUUGAAAGACUGUGUAACAAAACAUUGCAGACACAACAAGUUAAUGUUGAGAUUGUGAAGAAUUGUGUCACCCAAGUAAUGAUGACAGCUAAGCGAGUUCGUAAUGAACACGAUCAAGAAACAAGAUCAUCUCAUGCUUUAAACACUUAUCCUGUUAACCCUACUGACAUCCAUCGAUUGCUAAGAAGAGCUGGCGAAGCAGUCGUUCCAUUAUUAGAUAAACUAUACGAGAAGGCACUCCAAUCUCAUGCUUUGAUUAACGAUCCAUCAGUCAGCAAGUUUGACUUAAACUUCAGAUUACAGAAUGCUCAGAGACUACUGAGAAUGUGUUGUCAGUUGUCAGACAGUCUUGCCAUUCAUCUUGAGAUACAGAGACACUCUCGCUAUUCUGAAGUCAUGUUGAAAACGAAGGAGUUGGAGGAGCAGUAUCGUAAACAAAUGGCAAUUCUUGAAAAAAAAGGAGAAUGGGACGAAGAGGAGGAAGUUGUCCUUGUCCCUGCUUAUGAUAAAAGAUCGCCAGCUGCUGUCAGUAAAGAGAAGACACUGGUCACUAAUAUUGUUGAUGCAUUGACAAGGAAAGAGUACGAGAGAGUAGAAGAGUUAGUGGCUGAUGGUCAGUUCACCAGUGAGCUUUAUGGAAGAACUGCUGUACAAUUAAUCAAAGUUGCUAUAGCCAGUGGAUCUAUUGAGACAAUUGAUGCUGUUAUUAAAGUACAAAAACAAGUUGCUACUGGUGAUGAUGAUAAUGUAGAGUGUCAUAACUUUGUUUGGCUAAACGAAGCCAUCAUGAAGGGCAGCAACCAGUGCCUCGAGCAUCUUAUUAAUGUAGUAGGAAUACCGGUUAAUUGUCAGAGCAGUGAUAUAGGCAAUAGUGCUCUUCAUGUGGCGGUACGUAAACAGGACUGGGGUCUAGUGGCAUGUCUCAUCAGGUUAGGAGCAGAUCCACUUCAAGUGAACAACACGUUUAGGAAUCCUCUGCAGCUAAUAGCUCUUAAAAAUUUUCCACAGCAACAUUUCCCAAAAGUUGACAUUAAAGAAUUGCCAUUUGACAUGUCGAAUUAUAUCAACAACCCAAGCCUGAGUGAUGCACAAAUUGUGACCAGUGAUGGCGACAUUUUUUAUAUCCAUCGUCUUGUUUUCUGCGGACAAAGUCCCGUCUUUAAGAGUUUAUUGGAAUCAGAAUACUGGGCAACAGAUAGCAAUAAGGUUACUCUACCAACUGUCAGUAGUAGAACAUUGAAACUCUUACUACAAUAUCUCUACACUGGACAAAGCACUUUUAAUCAAGAUGAUCUAAACACUUGGAUUGAUUUGUUGGCUGCUGCUGAUCAGUAUUUGUUAUUGCCAUUAAAGACUCAGUGUGAAUCUGUCCUGUCUGGAAAGAUAGAUCAUGAGGUUGUUGUGCCAAUGCUUCAUGCUGCUGCUAGAUUCAAUGCUCAGAAAUUAUUAAUAAAUUGUUGCAAUCAUCUCUUUUCUAACUACAGCAGCGUUGAAGACAGUGGUCACGAAGCCAUUUUGUAUGUUUUGGAAAAUAUACUAGAGAAGUAGACAGAGAUGGACUUGAGAUUUUAGUAUAAAAAUUCAAUUUAUUUCAGUUUUAAUUUUAUAUUAAUAACAAUUAUCCUGGUGAGAGUACUCAUUGUCACAGCUAUUAUAA